CGUGUCCACAAUACAAACAAGGGACCGGGCGGCAGGAGACCCAGCAACUGCUAUAAAACACUAAGAGGACGGAGACCGGGGAAUCUAGACAGCCAUGUACAUCAAUACGGAGAGCCAGAGGCAAGGCACGCUGUCUCUCAGUGUGGUGCUGGUCUCUCUCGCUGUCACUAUCUGCACUGCCUCCAUGCUCGUGCUCUGUGGAAUCUGCACCUGGUGCCAACGCAAACUGGGCAAGCACUACAAACCCAGCCUGGAGUCUGCAGAGAUCCCCGACUCCAGCCGGGGCCGCGGAGAGAAGAAAGCCAUCAAUGAUCUAGACAGAGACUUUUGGAAUAACAAUGAAAGCACAGUGCACCAGAAAUGGAGUUCCUACCCUCCCAAGGACUUUCUUCUUAACAUUUCUCCCUAUGCGCCGUACGGCGACCCACGCCUGGCCCUCAAUGGCUCUCUCCCUGGGGGUGUGAAGGCCGCAGUGGGAGGGAGGGAGAGCUCUGCGGUCGGGAGGCCCGUGCGCAGUAACAGUGUGAAGAGCGUGGGCUCUGGAGCCAGCAGCCGCAGUGAGGUGCUGAACGGCCGGGCCGAGAAGGCGGGCCGCUGGCAGACCGUGCAGACACACCUGCAGUCCGGCAAACUGCGGCCAGCCAAUUUCGACGACCCCUCUCUCUCCACUGCCUCUACUCUGGAGCACAUCUCUGGCACCCCCCCUGGUGUUUGCAGCCGGCCUCGCACCCUGGUGAGGCAGCAAAGCCUGCAGCAGCCCCUCAGCCAGCCUCCAGCCCCCUGCCCGGGAGACCUUCCUCCCACCAGCCAGAGCCUGGGUCAGCUGCACCCCCAGCUCCCCUCCAGCAGCUCCAGCGGAGGGAGCAGGCCAGGCCGAGGGGGUGUCCCGGGCAGGCAGGGGGGGUCGGCGGGCUCCUCGCACUAUCGGACCAGCGGGGGGCGCUCUCGCUCCAACCCUGGCAGCUGGGACCACGUGAUGGGGCAGAUUCGGAACCGCGGCCUCGACAUGAAGUCCUUCCUAGAAGGCCGUAUGGUGGUUCUGUCGCUGGUUAUGGGUAUCUCAGAGCAGGAUGAUUUCGCCAACAUCCCGGACCUGCAGACUGGACCGGGCCAGAACAAUCAGAACACCCCCCCGGACAAGAGGUUACCUGCUGGGAGCAAGGCGUUGAACAGCACCACGGCUCAGGGGCAGCUCCCCCACGACGAUGCAGACCGCCGCACCGAGCCACACUCCUCCGUCUCCGACCUCGCCAACUCCCUGACCAGCGAGAUGCUCAUGCUCUCCCCAGGCUCGGAGGAUGACGAUGGGCACGAGGGUCCUGGCAGGGAGAAGCUGGGUCGGAUCCAGUUCAGUGUCGGCUACAACUUCCAAGAUUCGACGCUCACGGUGAAGAUCAUGAAGGGGCAGGAGCUGCCGGCCAAGGACUUCAGCGGCACCAGCGACCCCUUCGUCAAGAUCUACCUGCUGCCGGACAAGAAGAACAAGCUGGAGACCAAAGUGAAGAGGAAGAACCUCAACCCACACUGGAACGAGACCUUCCUGUUCGAGGGGUUCCCCUAUGAGAAGGUGGUCCAGCGGACUCUUUACCUGCAGGUUCUGGAUUAUGACCGGUUCAGUCGGAACGACCCGAUCGGUGAGGUGUCCAUUCCCCUCAACAAGGUGGACCUGGCGCACAUGCAGACCUUCUGGAAGGAGCUGAAGCCCUGCGUUGACGGCAGUGGGAGCCGAGGGGAGCUGCUGCUGUCUCUCUGUUACAACCCUACAGCCAACACCAUCACUGUGAACAUCAUCAAAGCACGCAACCUCAAAGCCAUGGACAUCGGGGGCACCUCAGACCCCUAUGUGAAGUUGUGGCUGAUGCACAAGGACAAGCGUGUUGAGAAGAAGAAGACGGUGGUGAUGAAGUGCUGCCUCAACCCCGUCUUCAACGAGUCCUUCCCCUUUGAAAUCCCCACUGAGCGACUCCGAGAGACCACCAUCAUCAUCACCGUGAUGGACAAGGACCGACUGAGCCGCAACGAUGUCAUCGGCAAGAUCUACCUGUCGUGGAAGAGUGGCCCGGGGGAGGUAAAGCACUGGAAGGACAUGAUAGGCCGGCCUCGCCAGGCUGUGGCACAGUGGCACCAGCUUACUGAAAGCCUGACGGACAGGGCUGCCCCCGGGUGGGGUGGGCCCCACCCCACCACCCCGUUCCCCCCGUCCCCACCCCCACCCAACCUCCUGUCCUGGGCAAGGGUGUAG